AUGACGAGAAUUUGACUUUUUAAGUGAAUGAGCCGAGUUUGGUACGAGAGAUAAGAUUUAAACCAGUUUAAGGGUGUGUCAAUAAUUCCACUUGAAGCUCGUCUGCUCUAAGAUGUUAUGAGAUGUAGUUUCAAAGGCUGCACUCAGACCAAGCAGGUUAACAACCCCAGCUGCACGUCACCCAAAAUGGUUGGCCAUUAAAAUCAGGCUAUUAGUCUUUCAUUUGGGAUAAUUUAAGGGCGUCCCACAGGCAACAAUGCCGCCACCCAAUCGGUGUGAGAAGCAGCUAUGAGGAAGACAAAUGUGCACCAUCAACAUGUGGAUCCUGCAGGUGAAGAAGAAGAAAACUCUUUCCAGAGUUCGGCUGUAACCCAUGGUUGUGACCAGCCAUGGGGUCGUGACUCACUGGAUCAACCUGCCACCAACCAGCACAAACUGUGGUGUAUUUGUGCUGCAUCAGGGCGAAGCAGCUGACCGUCAAAGUCGUUCACAUGGUUGUAAGCAUCAGGAGGAUUUUACUGACAAAAUGUCAGCGUGUGACGCACUGGGAUGAGAACAUGCCAGUUCAGUGCGACCACACAGGGAGCUGACUUCCUUUUCACAAAUGGUUUCAUGACGAGAUUCACCGCACUCCCUGCAGGGAAUCACUGCCAGCGCAGAAAAGAGGAAAAAGAUCUCUGCCAAUUUUUUUCUUUCACUUCUGUACCAAUCUGAGAACAUGAAGCCAUCAGCUGGCUUUCUGCUGCUGGCAGUGCUGCUCUUAGCCGCAGUGAGGUUCGCUCAGGCCCGGAUUAUACACUCGUACUUCAAGCUUGGCAGCACGCUGGUCCUCAAACCUGCCUCGGUCUCUGCUCGCAUCACCAGCGUCGUGUGGAAGUGGGACGGAGAACUGUUGGCCGAAUGGGUGGAAGAUGUGAUUCCCCUGACAUAUUACGGCAGGUUUGGAGGCCGAUCAGAGGUGAACACGAACACGGGAGUGUUGGAGAUCAGGAACAUGACUGCAGCUGACACUGGGGUGUAUUCGGUGGAGAUCAACAACCAGCCCCAGAGUCAGACUCAUCAGGCCGUGAGGAUCAGAGAAGUGCCCCAGCCUGAGGUCACGGUGAGGCCGCCGAUGUGUGGCUCGAGUUUGGAGAACUGCACACUGAGCUGUGACGGAGACGUUAAAGAGGCCGAACCUGUCGAGUAUUUCUGGAAGAUCGGAGAUGGAGAGUGGGAACAGUCGGGGAAAAUCAUGGAGAUCAUCAAUUGGGAGGAAACACAGUGUGUGAAGAUGUUUUCCUGCAGGAUGAAGAACCCAGUGAGUGAGCGACGCAGCGAAUCCAUCACUAACCCGUUUCACCAGGACGGAAAUCUGGACUACAGAUGGUGGAUCCUCACUCUUGUAGGCGCUGCCGUCCUGGCGGUGGUUGCGGUGUUUGUCUGCUUUUUGUUUCAGAAACUGUAAAAGAAAAACUGCUGACAGCGAUGAAAAUGCACUUUAAGUCCUGAUGAAGACUGAAGCCCGUCAAAGGGCAGCUCAUUCCUUUGCUUUGUAAAACUGUUCUGCACUUCAGACUGGUCGUCCAUGUUUGUAGUUCUUUUUUCUUUGGGAUUUCUUUGCUUCACUGUCUACUUCGGUGUAUUUAUAGCUUUAAAUGUAUUAUCUAUUUAUCAUUCUUAUUUUUAUUUGAUCUGUUUCUGUUUUCUUUGAUUUCUUUGUAAGGUUGAACUCAAAGUAACAUUAAAAUCUUGUCUUGUUCAACAUCUCUGGCUGCACUGUCUUACAUUUGAAACUCUUUCCUGUUUUGUCACGGUCCCGGCCGUCUGGGUUUUCUUUCCUUCUCGCUGUCUGUUUUCUCUCAGGUCGAGCUGUGGGCCGGCUGUUCUCGCUGGGCGGAGCUUCAGUCUCAUCUCCUGUCAGUGAGCAGUAUUUAAAGUCAGCCUCUGUGGUGGUAAUUGGCUCUUUUAUGCCUUUACUGUGUGUUGGAGUCGUUCUUUGUUUGUGGCUGAAGGACCCAGCACCUGGUUGUUACCUGUCCACAGCCUGCACGCUCUCUGCUGCUUUCCUGCUCAGCAGCACCAGUCCGCAGGUCAAUGGAAGAAGAUCAGACAGUCAAGCGAGACGUCAAAACAAACCUCUUCACCAAGGUCAGUGUAAAGCACUCGCCACUAAUUCCUGUUUCCUGCCUGGCAGAGCUCCUGUAAACAGACACUCACCUGUGCAGUUACCUGUGUUGGUCUUUCCUAC